AUGGCCAACUCCUCCAAAUCAGGCAAAAAGUCUGCCAAGCAUGACAAGGGAUGGCGACGGGUUGUGCGGAACUUUAGUCCCUCAUGGUUCGCCGUGACGAUGGGAACAGGCAUUGUCUCAGUGCUAAUGACAUCGGUAUCUUUUCACACCCCAGUCUUGUACUACUUGUCGAUCGUGUUCUUCGUGCUCAACGUGAUACUGUUCACUCUCGCGUCGAUUACAUCUAUCCUUCGAUACACCUUGUAUCCGGAGAUAUGGAGCGUGAUGAUCCAAGACCCAGUCAACUCCCUAUUCCUCGCCACCAUCCCGAUGGGGUUCGCGACACUCAUCGAGAUGUGGGUUUUUAUCUGCGUGCCGCUCUGGGGCGAAUGGGCCAAAACCUUUGCCUGGGCUUUGUGGAUGGUGGAUGUUGUCGCAGCGGCAUCUGUGACACUGUCGCUAUCCUUUAUCUUAAUCUCACAAAGCCAUAUCACCUCGCUGGACCGAAUCACUGCGCUUCAGUUACUGCCAAUCGCGGCUACAAUUGUCGCUGCGGGUGCCGGUGCAGAGGUUGCCGGCAUCCUCCCAAAUCAACAGCAUGCGAUGGGAACACUUCUAGUGUCCUUCAUCCUUUGGGGCAUGGGCACUCCCUUGGCAAUUGUGGUCUUGGUGAUAUAUUAUCAACGGCUAGCGGUACACAAGCUUCCUCCGAGGGAAAUGAUCGUGAGCUGUUUCUUACCACUGGGGCCUCUUGGCUUCGGUGGAUUUGGAAUUGUCUAUAUUGGUAAGGUUGCCCGUGAUCUACUGCAGAACAGUGAUAUGAUAGAUCCUCUGGCUGGCCGGGUCGCGUAUAUCCUAGGUCUGUUUAUAUCUCUCCUCAUGUGGAGCUUCGGUCUCAUCUGGCUUGUAUUCGCGUUUGCAACUAUCUUACACAAAUUCCCAUUCCCGUUCAAUAUGGGAUGGUGGGGAUUCACAUUCCCUCUUGGUGUCUAUGCAGCAAAUACCAUGGAGUUGGGUAUUCUGAUGGAUAUUAUGUUUUUCAAGGUGUUUGGGACGAUUCUGAGUGGUGCAGUUUUACUACUUUGGGUCCUGGUAACGUCAAGGACCGCACUUGGUGCAUGGCGUGGCACCUUGUUUCACGCACCCUGUUUACAGAAUCUGGUCUUUAAGGAGGAGAGAGCUUCCGCAUGA